AUGGCUUUCCGGGCACGGUCAGUGGCUCUUUGGCGAUGGGGCUCUGCUCCCCGGUCCCGUGUCAUGGGCCUCACACGAUGCAUGGCCACGGUUUCUGAUGGAACUCGUGCAUACGAUGUCGUCGUUAUUGGAGGAGGCCACGCUGGUUCCGAGGCCUCUGCAGCAGCCGCUCGAUCUGGCGCACGCACCGCAUUAAUUACGCCCUCGCUUUCGAACAUUGGCGUUUGUUCAUGCAAUCCGAGUUUUGGAGGAAUCGGGAAAGGAACAAUGAUCCGCGAAAUCGAUGCCAUGGACGGUGUGGCGGGGCGGAUCAUUGACAAGGCUGGUAUCAUGUUUCGUAUUCUCAAUCGCUCCAAGGGACCUGCUGUAUGGGGUCCGCGCGCUCAGAUCGAUCGCGAUCUCUACAAGAAGUACAUGCAGGAGGAGCUGGUCGCUACCGAGGGGCUGAGCAUAGUGGAAGGCAAGGUUGCAGAUAUUGUGGUGUCAAAAGAAGGGGUGGAGAACAUCCCGGGAUCGCAGGGCAAAAUUGUCGGAGUACGGCUCGAAUCCGGAGAGGUAAUACCUACUGGGCGCGUCGUCAUCACAACCGGAACGUUUCUCGGUGGAGAAAUACACAUUGGGCUUGAAGCGUACCCUUCGGGGCGUAUGGGUGAAGCGGCUACGUUUGGGCUCAGCAAAUCCCUUCGCGAAGCGGGUUUCCAGCUUGGUCGUCUGAAGACCGGGACUCCUCCUCGUUUGGACAUGAAAACGAUCGAUUUUUCGCCAUUGGAGGUUCAGAGAGGCGACUCCCCUCCGCAGCCUUUUUCGUAUCUUAACACGACGGUCGAUGUUGGCGAUGAAGGUCAGCUUACAUGCUGGAUGGCCCACACCAACGAGGCUUCACACCAGAUAGUGCGCGCAAAUCUUGACAAAUCGAUUCACAUUCGCGAGACUGUGCGAGGGCCACGCUACUGCCCCUCACUGGAAUCGAAGAUUAUACGAUUUACGGAUAAGAAACAGCACCAGAUCUGGCUCGAACCGGAAGGAUUCGCACCGAAUGAGGUCAUCUACCCGAACGGUAUCUCGAUGACUAUUCCGGCUGACGCACAAUAUGCCCUGCUACGCACGGUGCGCGGUCUUGAGAACGUGCGCAUGCUGCAGCCCGGCUACGGUGUGGAGUACGACUACAUCGAUCCCCGCAAUCUCCGCCCGACUCUGGAGACAAAGCUGAUCAGCGGCCUCUAUCUUGCAGGCCAGAUCAAUGGAACAACCGGAUAUGAAGAAGCUGCAGGACAGGGGAUCAUUGCCGGUACGAACGCCGGUCUGUCUGCUCAAGGCCGACAGCCUUUCACUCUCACUCGGUCGGACGGAUUUAUCGGAAUCAUGAUCGACGACCUCAUCACAAAGGGAGUGUCCGAACCCUAUCGUAUGUUCACAGCACGAAGCGAAUAUCGCAUCUCGACUCGCUCCGACAAUGCGGAUCUGCGACUCACACGUAUGGCUCGUGACGCCGGAGUGGUCUCGGACAAGCGGUGGCGUUACUUCACCGACACAGAAGCGCAAAUCAAGGAGUUGCAGACUCUCCUUGCCGACACAAAACUCUCCUCUACUGUGUGGUCGCGCAAAGGAUUCAAAACUCGAACAGAUAGCUCUGUCCGCUCGGCGCUCGACCUCCUCUGCCUCGACGGUGUGGACAUCGACGCUUUGAUCCCCCACAUCGAAUCGCCAUCGGGCAUUGCAUAUACACCCUCCUCAUUCGACCCCAUAAUCCGAACCCGGGUCAGCAUCGAAGGCCGCUACGCGCCUUAUGUCAAGCGGCAGGAGGCAAUGGCGAGGAAAUUCCUGCAGGAUGAGAGCCUCAUCCUGCCUCCGGACUUGGACUACUCGAAGGUCCAGGGCAUCAGUACCGAGGAAAGACAGGCUCUCGAGCGCGUCCGCCCUGUUAGUGUGGGAAUGGCGAGGCGCAUCGAAGGAGUCACGCCAGCCGGUGCUCUGCGGUUGCUGAUGCACGUCCGCAGGGCCUUGGACACGAGCAAAGAAUCACUCGAUGCAGACGCGAUUGAAGGCUCUGCGGAGAGCGUUUUGCGUGGAUCUGUUUGA